UAUCUAAGCGUUGCAUUACGUACGCAGCAGUGUGUGCGAAAAAGGAGUAUCGAAUGCUAGUUUGGUGUGCACUGUACGCUGGAACCUUCACUGGUAAAAUUCAUUGCGAGUUCAAGUUAAAUWGGCACAAUAUUGAACUUUAUUUACAAACUGGUUUAUUUUUUUUAGAGACUCUGAACUGGAUUACUCACUCGUAUCAAUGACGUGAUGUUUAAGAUACUAUUCAUGCCCUUUGGAAAAAGCAGUUCUGCGCGGACUUCGAACAUGAGUUGGUGUCCACAAUAUACAGGCAGACUGUAACAUUUCAAGUGGAUUCUAAGUUCAAUGCAUCGGAGCCUAAUGUCCACCUGAAAUAAGGAUUUUGCGCAUUUUAUCACGACUGUUUUUGAGUCUGCUGCUACACUGAUGGAGUAGGCUACUUUGGAGGUACGCAAAAUAUUUUCUGUCAGAGCGUUUUUUUUUUAAUAGUCGCUAAAAAUUAAAUGGAUUUAUCUAUAGACAACGGCUUCACCAUACAAAGAAGACACAGUUGCACCAACUGGACAAAACAGAUGUUUACUGAAGAAGCAAGAACAAAAGGGUCACAUUUAUUGUAGUCUGCUUGUUAAAUGUGCAUCAACAACCGAAAAACGCACUCCAGCGCACGGGUUCGUGGGUGAAGACUCCACUUGUUACCGGAUUCAACAUUAUUUUCUGACCAGUAACAAGAAACUUGUUAUAUCAAUGCGUUUAAACGUGCGCAUAUCCUACCUUACAAAUAUAUUCGACACCGGUAAGGUGAUGAGAUAAAGAAUCCAGAACAUUGACUCACCUGCAAGAUACUCUUGUUCUGCUUGCAUAGCCUACACGAAACGGGAAAAUAAGAUUUCAUAUAUUAUAUUCAAUUGCUGGUUAAUAUUUUUCUAUCGUCAACGUGGUUUUACGCAUAAUCUAGGCUAGGCUACAUGCGACACUAGUGAAUGGGAUCUAGAUUUGUGCGAGAUUUACACUGUAUCCACAUUUUCGAAUGAUUUCAUCGUGCCGUUGACUAAUUUGCCUGACUGAAUAAGCGUGGAAAUGGCAGGCUCCGGUUCCAAUUGGAAGUACUACCUUUGGAUUUUGACAGUCUUGUGCAGGUCGCUGUUGCCCUUUGCCAAAUCGUUGGAAUCGGUGAUUUGGAACUCGCAAAACCCCAAAUUUCAGUAUGGGAAGGGCUUGGUGAUCUACCCAGAGAUAGGGGACAAGCUGGACAUUAUCUGCCCAAAGGCAGACAUGGGGCGGCCAUAUGAGUUUUACAAACUGUACCUGGUGAAGAAGGACCAGGCAGACCAGUGCAGCACGGUCAUGGACCCCAAUGUGUUGGUCAACUGCAAUAAACCUGAGAAGGACAUCAAAUUCACCAUCAAGUUUCAGGAGUUCAGUCCAAACUACAUGGGCCUGGAGUUCAAAAAGAACAUCAACUACUUCAUCACAUCCACAUCGAAUGGGACCCUGGAGGGUCUAGAGAACAGGGAAGGAGGGGUCUGCAACACCCUCUCCAUGAAGAUCGUCAUGAAAGUGGGACAGGACCCAAACACAGUUGUACCGGACCCAGUUAUAACAGACAAGCCAAGCCAAGACCAGGACAACACUGUGAAGGAGACAACCACCAGCCCAAAUAAGAAAAAGGGGGGCAGUGGUGGGGCUGUGGAGCCAGGCAACAAAGACACCAUGAACCAGGACAACAAGUCCAACUCAGCAGAGGGUAUUUUUGCCUCCAAGCCAGCGCUGUUUGCUGCCAUCGGGGCGGGAUGCGUCAUCUUCCUGCUGAUCAUCAUCAUCCUCAUCGUCCUGCUGAUCAAGCUGAGGAAGAGGAACCGCAAGCACACCCAGCAGCGGACCACCGCUCUGUCACUCAGCACGCUGGCCAGCCCCAAGUGCUCUGGGAACGCUGGCUCAGAACCCAGUGACAUCAUCAUCCCUCUACGGACUACAGAAAACAACUACUGCCCCCAUUACGAGAAGGUGAGCGGGGACUACGGCCAUCCGGUUUAUAUAGUCCAGGAGAUGCCCCCGCAAAGCCCAGCCAACAUCUACUACAAGGUCUGAGGCAAAGACUAUCUUUAGGAUGUUUGCUUGUAGGGGAGAAUUCUGGCCUACCUUUUACUACCUUGUCCAUCUGAUGUUCAAAAACACGUUUGAUGUUCAAAAUAGCAUCACAAGAACAGAAAUGAAAAACAGGUCGUCAUGGACACGGUAGUUGAAUAAUUGUUUGUUUCCAGAUAGGCCAAAGGGCAGGUUUUGGAGGGUUUGUGUCGUCUUCUCUUCCUGCUUCUUACUAGAAAUUGAAUUCACCCAAGUUUUGCUAUUCUGUGUGUCUGAGAGGACUGUAAGAUGGUCAAGCCUAUGGAGUAGAGAAGCUAUUGCUCUGACAAUGGAGACAAGUUGCAAACAGGGUAUACUACACAAACAAAGGACCCGCGAUAGGGCUGUCGCUCAUGGGCUCCAUUCCUGUAAUGAAGCCUCCAUGGUUUGCUCAGAGACAGAAAAAGGCACAGUGUGAUGAUAUAGCAUAACACACUUUCCUUUAAUAUGUUUUACCUGCACUAUUAUUUUUUAUCAGUCACCUACAGUAGCUCCCUCUUCACCAAGGUCUGCUCCUUCAACAUUGUUUAUUUUCUACUGUAUAUCCAGUUAAUACAUACAAUAUUAUGGUAAAUAUUAAUAUUUUUCAUGUGUCCUUUAGUGAUACUUUGCCACUCUUUCUCUUAUAUAUAUAUAUAUACAUACAUACACACACACACACACACACACACAGUACCA